CCUCCUGCUUCUGUGCUGAUGGGUAUUUAAUGCCUCACUCUGAGGUCCUUCACUCAUUAUUUACCUCAUCACACUCUUCCUCACCUUCACGAUGAAGCUGAUCAUCCUAGGGUUCGUGCUGCAGGCAUUUGGGUACCUGGCUAAUGGAAGGGUGGUAGAGUCUUUUAAGGAUUCAUGUCCUGAUUUCUUCAUUGAAGAUCCAUCAGACCAAAAUGUCCACUACCCUCCCACUGUUCUUCAUGAUAGCCAAAAUCCAAAGAGAUACCAGCAGAUUUGUCAGCAAUGGAGCAAUUCAUACAGAUACGCCACUCUGUAUGACACAAAGUGCAGGAUCCCAGUGUACUCUGCUUAUUACUAUGUAGGAUAUCACAAGGUAGACAAAGCUGAGUGGAAGAUUGAGCCACAGCUUGAUGACCCCAAUCUAGGGCCUGAGAUGGCACGAGAAAACACCGUAGAGACAAAAGACAAAGGCAAAAACCAGGCACUGUAUGAUGACUAUGCAUCUCAUGCAAAAGAUUACACCAGGGGCCACCUUUACCCACGCUGCCACAAUAAUGAUCAGGACUGUGCCAUUGCCACCUACACACACACCAAUGCCGUACCACAAUCUCAAGAAGACAACAAUGUGUGGGCUCACAAGGUGGAGCAGAAGAUGGAGAAGCUCAUACAGGACAACUGUGACAAGGGCUUUGCACAUGUUGUGACUGGAGCGGUGCCUGGCCAGUCCUGGCUGCAGAUCAAGAGAGAUAACAUCCCUGUCGAAGAAGGAGUCAACAUCCCUGAACAUUUCUGGACUGCCUACUGCUGCCAUGACAAAAAAACAAAUGCUCUCCUGUCAGAUGCCUGGCUGGCCCGCAGAAACCCUAAAGGACUGGUGGUGCGGAAGAGGACGGUGAAGCAGCUGGAGGAGGAGCUCACCCCUCUCUAUGGAAACCCAGAAGGAGGAUUCAGCAUGUUUGGAGGGUUGUGCCAAGGGAGUAUCAUAAGCAGAUUUUAUUAUGCUCUGGUUGACCUUUGUUUUGACUUUUCUAGUAACUAAACAUGAACCCUCUACUCUUGUCCAAGUGUUAUACUUAGCAAAUCACAGUUGUCUCUGACUGAGGUUUUGUUCCUGCACCUCUUAUAGCAACCUCAAUCUCAGGGGUCAUCCCUUGUUGAUUACUGUCCUGACUGAUUUAUGUGCUAUUUGAUUUGAUGAUAAUAAUUAUAAUAAUAAUGUAUUGUUUAUAAGUGCACUAUCCUGGGUCACCCAGAUGAGGAUGACUUCCCUUUUGAGUCUGGUUCCUCUCAAGGUUUCUUCCUCAUAUCAUAUCAUAUCUCAGGGAGUUUUUCCUUAGAGAUAAAUUUAUAAAUUUAAAAUUUACAUCCUGAAUUUAUAUAUUUCUGUAAAGCUGCUUUGUGACAAUGUCCAUUGUUAAAAGCGCUAUACGAAUAAAAUUGAAUUGAAUUUAA